AUUAAUAUCAAUGAACAUAUUUACAUUCAUCUAAGCUGCCUUCAGUUACUAUCAGUCAGUUUUAGCUUACACACUAAUAUAUUGUUUCUAUCUUUGGAUUAAAAAAUAUCACCUGAAGAAGCUUGAAAAUAAUUAACUUUAAACAACUAACUAAUGAAGAAAGUUAAAUACAGCACACAUUUUCUCUACAAGUGACCCUGAACCUGAAUGCGGUCUUUAUAAGAAUAUUACAUAUAAAGUAAAACCUUUAAAGAUCUUCCAUUGAUGUCUUCUGGGCUUCUACAUAUUAGAACGACCUUGGAAGGAUUUCAACUCAGAUCUAAUUUCAAGUAUUCUUCAAAUUUUAAAUGACUACUAACCAAUUGCUUGGUAACAUGACCUUCAAGUUAUGAUGAAGUAUUUUAGUUCAUGUCCAAAAGAAGAUAACAAUUUUAAAAAGUCAUCAACUAAUAUGGGAAAGAUUUUAAAAGCUUGUCCAUCAAAAGAGGCCAUAAGCCAAAUUAAUGGUCCUCUCACAACUGUAUCAAUGAAUAUUGCAAGCCAAACAGAGUUCCCAACAGCACAAAAUAAAUCAGAUGAGAAAAAGAAUUCCUGGGAGAGUACACCACAAAAAUUAUCUAACAGAACACAAAAAACAACCGAAGAGGAGCUUUGUAGAAUAUGUGGAGAUCGUGCAUCAGGUUAUCACUACAAUGCUCUCAGCUGUGAAGGAUGUAAAGGUUUCUUCCGACGAAGUAUUACUAGGAAUGCAGUGUACACAUGUAAAUAUGGUGGCAAUUGUGAAAUAGAUAUGUGGAUGAGACGGAAAUGUCCAGCCUGUAGACUUUUACGAUGUCGAGAAGUUGGAAUGAAACAAGAAUGUUUAUUAUCCCAUGACCAAUGCAAGGCUCGUGAUAUAAGGCGGAAAGCUAAACAAAAACUGCACAAAAAAGAUGUGCCAACUCAGAAUGAAGAGAAAGUGUUAAAUCCUGAAGUCCCUAAAUCCCCUCCGGAUGAUGCUGACCAUUACUUUCAUCGUCCAUCAAUUAAUAUCAAAUGUCCGAACCCUUUGGAAAAGUUAUCUGAAGAUAAACAAAUUCUGAUAAACCAAUUAGUUUAUUAUCAGGAAAAAUAUGAAUACCCUCAGGAGAAAUGUAUUAACAGCAUCGAUGAGGAAACAAACAUCUUAAGCACAAAAACUAAAGGUGAACUCCAUAAUAACAUGCUAAAACAGAUGGCUUUAGUAUGUGUUGCAAUGACAAAACUGGUAGUUGAAUUUGCUAAAAGAUUGCCUGGGUUUGAUGAAUUGCCCAAAGAAGAUCAAAUUGUUUUAUUAAAGGAAGCAUCCAAUGAAGUUACGACAUUAAGAGCCUCCAGGUGUUAUGAUUAUAAAACAAAGACGAUAGUUUUUAUGACUGGAAUACCUGUUACUAAAGAAAAUUUAAAAGCUCUUGGUAUCAGCAAUUAUGCAGAAGUUGCAUUUACUUUCUUCCAAAGUCUGGUAAACCUUUGUGUGGAUAAUGCUGAAUAUGCACUUCUCACAGCUAUUUGCAUUUUUUCAGAUCGUCCAGGAUUAAAAAAUCCAAAAAUGGUUGAAAAAUUCCAAGAAACAUUUGUUGAUGCACUUUAUGCUUAUGAAAUUGAAAAGCGUACUCAUGGGGGCUGUUCUUUCGCUAUUUUGCUUUCUCGAAUUACGGAACUACGUACUAUAAGUUUAAAGCAUUCUGAGGAUCUAUUAGAGCUUGAAAUGGACAGAAUGUUUAUUCCUGAUUUAGUAAAAGAAUUUUUUGGCAUUAUCUGAAAAACAAAAAGUACUAAACGAAAUGUAAUCAAGCUAUUUCUCAGUUCACAAACAGGGAAGAAUUUAAUUUCCUGAUAACUCAAGAGCACAUGCUCUUCAUUGGAAAUAAACACUUAAAUAUUAUGGUGGUUGGAAAAUAGAAAAGGAAAGAAAUGAAAAGACAGUAUCCUUCGAACACUAUAUUACUAAGCAUAACAGCUGAAAAACAACACAAAUCUAACAAUUUUUUUUUCCUUUUUCAUUGAUGUGUAUACAAAAAGCAUGUGAGUAUGUACAUGUGUGUAAGUAACUGAAGUUUGUCAAUUGUAUAUAGAUCAUUUAACGGUUGUACAGUUCUUCAUACUAUCAUAACUCAGUUGAUGAUCAUCAAAUGUUUUGCCAACAAAGUUUGGCAAUUCAUUAAUCAUUUAAUGUACAGUCUCUUUUCUUUUUCUUUCUUUUUUUUUGGUGUUUGGGGGUGUGUAAAAUAAAUGAAAGGUUGAAAUACUGUGUAAUUAAUCACUAAGAAAUGAAAUAAUGUCGAAGGUCUCUGUGAAAGCAUAUGGGGGUAGGAUGAAAUGUUUAAAAGAAGUAAGACAUUAGGUAUAGAUGACUGUACAUACUGUUCAAUAGAUUAACCAAUAUUGUAAGUAAUCACUUUAUCUUGGGUUUUUAUUGACUGGUAAAAAUACAUUUGCUCAAAUAUAUGGUAAAAAAAAAUCCUAAUUUGAUUACAGUAAACUACGUAAUAAUUUGAUUACAGUAAAGCAUGAUUUCAUUACAGGAAAUAAUAUAUCGAGAUCUUUUCUGUUUUUCUUUCGAAAUUUUUCUUUCACUCCUUUUCAAAGAUAAAAACAAAAGUGCAUGUGUUCCCCGUUUUUAAAGAAAUAGCUUUAUUAAAAUGAAGGAGCAGACUACUUGAAAUUAUAUAUUGAUUUUUUUUCCCCCCUUCAAAUUUUUAUCUUCAAUCUUUAUCUCAGAAAAAAAAAAGAACUUUAAAAAACAACAAAAAACAUUCAAAGUGACUCUAAAGAAAGUUUUCUGCUGAGGACAUUUUUUUUUCAUUUACAACUAAUGGUAUAUAUAAGUUUUAUGAAAGUUUCUAUAUGAAAUGAUUAGGUUAUCUGAACUAUUUCAUAAAAAAAAUGUAUCAGUAGACCAUUCCAGAAAUUGAUAUUUUUUUAAUUAGAAAAAUAAUUAACAUAAAAAAAAAUAUUAACAUUAAAAAGAAAUCUGUAAAUACUUUUACCCUUAAUUAAGUGACUUCCAUUCCAUUGAAUAUCAAAAAAAAAGACAAAAAAAUCCCUUAACUUAUAAUCUUAUGUUUUAUUCAAAUGUUCAACCGGUGAACAAAUUGUGAAAGCAGGAUUUUUACGACAUAAAAUACUACACAAAGCUUAACAUUUUAACUGUUAAAUAUUCUUUGCAAAAAAUUUAUUCCACUAUUAUCAAUGGAAUUGUUUGAAGUCCCAGUUUUUCAUCCCUGAUGUUAUUCUUCAAUCUUUUAUUUGAUCCUUAUGGUCAAUGUUUUAAAUGUUACAAUAAGAGCUCUGGUUGUAUAUUUCAAAAAUAUCUUGACAUUAUAAAUCGAUUGUAAAAGUGCAAUAUAGUUCAAAAUCUA